AUGGUCACCAAGGGCACCUGGAACAGUUGGAGCAAGAGUUGGAAUGACAGCGAGAGGUGCAUGGAGAGAAACUUGAGGAACGAGAUAGAUCCAUUCAGCAAUGACAUUAUGAGGGAAAAAUUUCCAAGGAACUUUAAAAGCCCUGACAUAGAUCUCAACGAUGAAACCACUGACCCAAAGUAUCAUUUGAGUAAUUUUAAAAGUCGGAUGUACCUAGCCGACGCCUCUGAUGCUACUCGCUGCAAGACUUUCCCGACAACCUUGACAAAAGCAGUGAUGAAGUGGUUCGAUAGUCUUCCUUCGAGGUCGGUCACCAGUUUCGACGACCUCUGGCGAAAGUUCCUGAUGCGAUUCUCCAUCCAGAAGGACAAAGUAAAGCACGCACUAAGCCUCCUGGGAGUAAAACAGGAGGUCGGAGAACCUUUGAGAGACUACAUAGAGAGGUUCAAUAAAGCGCGCUUGGAGACCCAAGACCUGCCCACGGAGGCAGUGAUUAUGGGCCUAAUAAAUGGACUUCUAGAAGGUCCCUUCUCCCAAUCCAUAUCGAAAAGGCACUCGACCUCCCUAAGUGAUAUACAGGAGAGAGUUGAGAAGUACAUCAACAUGGAGGAAAACACCAGACUUCAAGAGCCGAGCUGGCGAUCUGGGCACUCUCACUCAUCAAAAGAGAAAGAAAGAGAGCCCAAGAAAAAAGAGGAAGUCGGCCCCGAAAGGCCUAAGAGAUAUCACUCUUAUACUCCUCUACGAGUUUCGCUAGUUGAUGUCUACAGGGAAACUUGCCAUACUAAAAGGCUACCACCCCCUAGGCCUAUCAAAAAUAAAAAGGGGGGGGGGUAG